GCGGAGCCUAAGAGGUUCGCUUUCAUAAUACACAGACUGCACGCAAUAGUUGUUGUGAAAGAAUUUAGGGAAGUCAGAUUAAGGUGAUAUAGUCAAAAAUAUAACAUAAGGAAGUCCGGUUCGGGUCCAAGAUGGCUUCAGCUCUAGCCAACAGAGCAGUAGGAGCCAUAGUAGGAUCAGCUGUUGCAGACGCUGCAGCGCAGCCACUCCACUGGGUGUACGACCUCCAGAAGCUGCAGGGGAUCCUGGCCGAGAACCCAAACCCUGAGUUCCGGUCUGAAUCAGCCAACCCCUUUUACAGAAGGCAGACCGGUCAACAGAGCUGCUAUGGGGACCAGGCCUAUGUCCUGCUGGAGUCUCUGUCGGAGUGUGGAGGUCUGAACGUUGAUGAUCUGAAGAAACGCACUCUGAAAUUCUUCGGUCCUGGAUCAGAGUAUGACACUCCAAUCAAUGAUCCGUACAGAGAAAGAGGAGGACCAAGACCUCAGCUGCCUAUUGAGGGACCAUGGAGACACGCGAGCCUGAAGAGCUUCAUCAAAAACGUGGAUGCGGGCAAAGAGGAGACGGGUUGUGAGUCCGACUGUCAGAUUGAUGGAGUGACCAAACUUGCUCCCGUAGUGGCUUUUUAUGUGGGAAAGCCUGAAAUGUUGGAAAAGGUUGAGCAAGCCAUCCGCGUCACCCAAAACAAUGAUGCAUGUGUCGCCGAGACUCUGGCAGCAGCAAGGUUUCUGGAGCAUUUCAUUCUGAACGGUCCUGAUCCAAAAGCUUUGGACUCAGUGAUGGAUCAGCUCAAUGACCCGAACAGAAAAUGUCCGCAGGAUCUGGAUAAAGCAGUCGUUGGGCACAUUCAUCAAGUAAAGGAAAAUCUGUCCAAGACUCCUCGGGAUCUAAUCCCCACUGUGUUCCCAAACACAUGAGGUUUGCCUGGUGCGUUCCAAGCAGCGCUUCAUGGAGUCCUGACGGCCAAACAGUACGAGCAGGCCGUCAGAGACACCAUGAGCUGUGGGGGAUGCACCUGUAGCAGAGGGUCCUUCAUUGGAGCCUGUCUUGGAGCUCAGGUUGGACUUGAAGGUAUUCCAUCUUCCUGGACGUCCAAGACCCUGAGAUUCAACUCGGUGCUGGAGCUUGCUAAGAAAAUCACCAAACACCAUGAAUAGUUUCAUGUUUUACAUAAUUUUGACAAGAACAUUAUGACAAACUGUUGGGCUUUCACAGAUCAGUCAAUGAAGGCUCCUGUCUAAAGUACUGCACGACUAGAGCCAGAUGUUUUUGUAUCUGUUUAGGUUCAACAUGUUUACGCAGAUGUUCUGUAAUAAAGUUACUGCAAAUGUUA